AUAUAUAUAUAUAUAUAUAUUACAACUCAAAGAAACAGAAAACAGACAUCAUUUGUACAUGCCAUGAUGAAAUAAAUAUCCACUGUAAGAAACAAUAAAAAGGGUCAACUGCUGAAUGUUAAUUCAAUCCAAGAUAUUGUUAUAUAAUUGGCCAAGAAACCUUAGUACUAUUAUCACUACCGAAAAUGGCAAUGCAUUUCUUGAGAUUGAAACUAGUGGUUUUAUCUUUCUUAGUACGUUUUUACGUUCUUGAAGCAGCUAUAAAGCUGCCAAAAAACAUCUCGAUACCAGCUGUGAUUGUGUUUGGAGAUUCAGUCGUAGAUACUGGUAACAACAAUAAUAUCGAAACAAUCGUGAAAGUGAAUUUUCCACCGUAUGGUAAAGAUUUUAUGGGAGGAAAGCCGACUGGAAGAUUUUCGGACGGAAAAGUUCCUUCAGACCUUAUCGCUGAAGAAUUGGGAAUUAAAGAACUUUUGCCGGCAUAUUUCGAUCCAGCAUUACAAGCCGAAGAUCUCUUAACAGGAGUUAACUUUGCUUCUGGUGGUGCUGGCUUUGAUCCUAUCACCUCCAAUCUUGCGUCAGUACUGUCCUUAUCAGACCAGUUAGAGAUGUUCAAAGACUACAUAAAAAAACUCGAAGCAAUAAUCGGACACGAAAAAACAUCGAAAAUAUUGAGCGAGAGUUUAUAUAUAUUAGUCGCUGGAAGCAACGACAUCAUCAAUACAUAUUUCGGAACCCCCUUUCGUAAAUCUACAUACGACGUUUCUUCUUACAACGAUUUACUUGUCGGAUACGCCUCAACCUUCGUGCAGGAAUUAUAUGGAUUAGGGGCUCGACGAAUUGGCGUAUUCGGUUUACCGCCACUCGGAUGUUUGCCAUCGCAGAGAACUUUAAAAGGAGGGGCUGAAAGGAAAUGUAUAGAUAUAUAUAAUGAGGUGUCGCAAAUUUUCAAUAAUAAGUUGUACGAUGAAAUCGAAUCGAUCAACGGUCGAUAUUCGAUGGCGAGGGUGACUUACAUGGAUAUAUAUACUCUCCCGCUCGAUUUAAUUCACAACCCUCAUAAAUACGGAUUCGGGAUUUCGAAUAUGGGCUGCUGUGGAACAGGUACAAUCGAAGUGGCAUUUCUUUGUAAAUAUACGUGUCCGGAUGUAUCGGAAUACGUAUUUUGGGACAGUUUUCAUCUAACGGAGAAAGCGUACAGGAUUCUCGUACACCAGAUACUCAAGAAAUCAAUCAACACUUUCAUCUGUGGGAAAUCACUCUGCUGAAGAUUAUUUAUUUAUUCAUAAUACAAUUUAUAUCUACAUUCUUAUACUAUAGAUUUUUUUUCUUUAUAGAAUGUCGAAUUUUUCGAUUUU